UGCAGCUGACUGCGAGCAACAGAGAAACUGUAGUGGUAGGAUGGCAUCCAGACCGGCGGCCUCCCAGGCUGCUCUGAUUCCACUGUUUCUGGGCCAGCGGGGAUGCAACAUCACUUUUGUGGUGAGCAACUCCGAGAACAUGAAAGCCAUCCUGGGGUCAGUAAAACGCCUGCUGAUCCAGACGCUGCUGACCAAAGCCUCGCUCAGGGACUCGCUCUUCAACGUCAUGACGUUUUCCAGCAAGGUGAAUCUCUGGUCCACCCACAUGCUCCCCUGUGCUCCCGACACUGUGCACACGUCCCUGACCUGGAUUCACUCAAUAAGCUGCAGGCCCGGCAGGGAUCUCCUGGCGGCUCUGAGCAUGGCCCUCACCGACCCGGCCUGCCAGGCUGUCCACCUUCUGUGCACGGAGCUCCCAGAGCAGCCCGAGGCCGUGCUCAGAGCCCUGCCUGCUUUGGCGGCCGGCAGACCUGUGAACAUCUUCUACCUGCAGCACUCGGGGACCCGGCUAAACAAGCACGCCAGAGCCUACCUGCAGUACCUGGCUGAGGCCACACGUGGGAGCUGUUCUUUAGUUCCCUUUGACAUGAAUGGAGGGUUAAAUAAGGUGAUUCCUCUGCAUGUUGGCGGCAUCCCAUCAUCUUUACCAACAGUUUCUCCAGUGAAAUGUAGCUGUGCUUCCACCUCUGUUAUUGCACCACACCAGGAGCGAACACAUCCGUUCUCUGUCAGGUGCAGUUUGGCUGAUUCCUUUAGUCCGGUCGGCUCCUCCCUGCAGUCUGAUGAAACCCUGGACGGCCCAGAGUUUUUCCCAGGGUGCCGAGUGCUGGCCAGAAGACAGGCGGAUGGCCUGUACCACCCGGGCACUGUGAUACAGCAAGUCCAGGGCCGCGGUGGAGUUUGGAUCGUUGAGUUUGACCAUCCAGGAAGGGCUGGCUUGGGCGUCGCCUCCUUUCAGCGUCAGUUGACUUGUUCUCUUGACAUGGUAAACAACAGAAGGGCUCUUUCGCAUCAUCUGGUACCGGGUGAUGCCGUCCUGUCUCCGUGGGAACCGGAUCUGAGGAGAUACGGUCCGGGACGUGUGGCUGCGGCCACAGAGCGGAGAGAUGGUGUCACCGCUAACGCUGUGACAAGCCUCCGGGUGGUCAUGUGGAACAGCUGUGUGUCGCUUGUCUCAGAUGACCUGGUUUUGCCCAUUUCGUCCGAUCGCUAUGACAGAAUAGCGAGGGAGAUCCAAAUCCCAGCAACCCUGUCCCAUCAACCCUGCGGCUGGCUUUCCUCCCGAAGCUACUCCUGUUUUCCAAAGCUGCUCUGCACUGACUGCUGCCCUGUGUCCUCCUCCUCCUGCUGCUGUUCCAUCAGAAACCAUCAAACUGGUGUUAUUCCGCCCAGCUGUGGGUCCAGUCCCGGGACGAUGGAGGGAUCUGACAGGUCAGAGCACAACGAACAAAUGGACUUCGGGGAUGAAGAAGUGACGGAGAGCGAUCUUGAAAUACCAACCUCCCCCUCUUUGUCUCUUUCUGAGGAUGGGGCCGGUGGGUCAGGUUCUCCACAAGUGAAGCCGAGGAGCAAACAGCCGCGGCCUCCGUGGAGGUACUGGAGGAGAACUGGACCAGAACCACAGCACAGACAGCCAGGGAGGGCAGUUUCCAGGAGGACUCCACAGCCAGGGAGGUUCAUGUUUCCCGUUCCACAGACCAGCGCCUCACCCAACCACAGCUCCUUGUUCCAGUCCCUCAUGGGUACUAAAGGAAGAGCAGCGAGCGUCUACUUCAAACCUCGUCCCCCUGCAGGACUGCGCUCUGUUUCUGGCAACAGAGCCACCAUGGUUCAUACCUGAUGCUGUAUGUCAGUAUAAUCGAUGAAGACUCUUUUGUAUAUGAAAACCAACUUUAUUAAUGUGCUGAUGGCGUAUAGGUGCAGAUAAAAAAAUCUUAAGUGCUUUACAUGAUGUUUUUGGCCAAAUGUUGACACACAAUCUAAUAAAAAAAACAUUAAAAUGCAAUAAAAAUAUGGCUUCUCAAUAUGUACCAAAAUAAUACUUUGCAGUAAACUCCUCAUUUGAAGAGGAAAAAAAAAAAAGCAUAAAAGCAAGCAAGCAAGACA